UGUUGUAAUAACGGCUUUGGUAACGUGCGAGCAACACGUUCCGCGUAGCAGUUGACAAUGGUGCACCGUGUCACGGCACCUCAGUCGGCUGGCUACACUGUGGUGGGCCCCAAUGCACUACAGUUGAAGGCGAGAGAGCAUCCGAGAUCUUUUGGUGGCGUACAAGCUUGGAUCUGCGGGCUUAGCGCUUUAUCGGGUUUCCUUUUUGGCUAUGACCUGUGCGUCAUGGUUGUGGCGCUGCCACUCAUCCAGCAGGUGAUGCGCGUUAAAUGAGCUCGUAGUCUUGGUUUUGCAUUGAAGUUGCUGUCUCUGACUGUAUCAUUUAGGACUUCGCACUCUCAGCCACUGUGGCCCAAAGUAUCGUGAGUACGCUCAUGCUCGGCGCUGUGGUCGGGUCGCUAGUUGGUGGAGUUGUUGCUGAUUGGAUUGGCCGCAAACCGGCGAACCUGAUCACUGCCGUACUUUUCUUGUCUGGAUCGCUGUUCAUGACAUUUGCCGGGUCGUUGAAGACUAUGCUGGUUGGACGAUUCAUUGCGGGUCUGGCCGUUGGAAGUAGUGGGCCUUGCGUCUCGACAUACGUGGCUGAAAUCGCCCAGCCAAAGACUCGCGGUGCAUUGGUCACGAUCAGCGAGGUCAUGGUAUGCUUUGGCUGCCUUGUAUCGGUCGUUGUAAGCUCUUCCUUACAAAGCAGUAAGGAUGACUGGCGCAAGAUGCUUGGUAUGACACUCUUCCCCCCAAUUGUGCAAUUGAUUGGAAUGCCAUUCCUGCCUGAAUCCCCUCGGUGGCUAAUAUCGAAAUAUCGGACGAAGGAGGCGAGUACUGUUCUGAAGCGACUACUCUACAGCGAAGAAGCAUCACAAGAGAUUAUAAAAGCACACCUCGAUGUUGGGACAUUUCAUGAAAGUUUUUUCCACGCCAUGAGUGAGCUCGUGACUGACGACCUCACUCGAAAACGUGUGCUGUUCUGUGUAACUAUUGCGUUCUGCCACAUCUUGACGGCAGCGAACGGGAUGCUUUAUUAUUCUAGCUACAUUUUAGAUGGGCUGCAAGUUGGGAAUGCGCACCAAGUCUCCCCCCUCAGUAAGGAGAUUUGGGUGGGCCUUGCUAAGCUUGCAGGCGUUUGUUCAGCUGUUGCUGUAGUUGACCGCGUUGGCCGUCGUCCACUGCUGAUCAUUGGGACUAGCCUGAUGCUGAUCUGCCACUUCAUUUUCGCUGUUUGCUUCUGGACACUCAGCUCGACACACUCUGAAACUGUGCAGACAAUCGGUGAAUGGAACCUCUACGUGUUCAUCUUUGCGUGGAACCUGAGCUGGGCGCCGUUGAUGUGGGUCGUGUGUUCUGAGCUUUUGCCAGACGAAUUCCGUUCGAUUGGAAUGGGUCUUACGUUUGGUACGUUCUGGCUGGGCAGUGCGCUGAUCAACCAGACGCUUCUCUCGGUUUUUCAUGCCUUUGGGACUGGAAACGCUUUCCUACUUUACACAGCACUCACGGCUUCUUCGCUUUGCUUCGUUUACGUCAAGGUUCCAGAAACUACUGGGCUCACGUUCGAGCAGAUUGCCAUGCUUUUCAACGAGCAGGUGGCUAAUGUUCCUCUUGGCAACGCGUUGUAGAUAAAAUACUGGAGAUUGAUACAUAACUUGCAAAUCAAACCAUAUUUUACUUUCA